AUGGUCAAGUACGCGGCGGGGCUGAGUCGCGAGACGGUCGUUGACGUCACGGGCGACGUCGUGCUGCCGGACAAACCCAUCGAGUCCACGUCGCAGCAGGUGGAGCUGCAUGUGCGCACGGUGCACGCGGUGUCGCGCGCGCUGCCCGUGCUGCCACUCAACAUCGACGACGCGUCCAGGAGCGAGAAGGAGAUCGAGGACGCCGAGAAGGCGGGGGUGCAGUACGUGCGGGUGGGGCAGGACACGCGGCUGAACCACCGCGUGCUGGACCUGCGCACGCCGGCCAACCAGGCCAUCUUCCGCGUGCAAUCCGCCGUGGGACACCUCUUCCGCGACUACCUCUCCUCACACGGCUUCAUAGAGAUCCACACGCCCAAGCUCAUCGGGGGGUCCAGUGAGGGCGGGGCCGCGGUGUUUCGGCUGGACUAUAAGGGGCAGGCGGCGUGCCUGGCGCAGUCCCCGCAGCUGUACAAGCAGAUGGCGGUGUGCGCGGACCUGGCGCGCGUGUUUGAGAUCGGGCCCGUGUUCCGCGCUGAAGACUCGUUCACGCACCGGCACCUGUGCGAGUUCACUGGCAUGGACUUUGAGAUGGAGAUCAAGGAGCACUACUCUGAGGAGGGGGAGUGCGAGUUCACUGGCAUGGACUUUGAGAUGGAGAUCAAGGAGCACUACUCUGAGAUAAUGGACGUGAUAAACGACCUCUUCGUGCACAUAUUCGAUGGGCUCAACACACGCUGUGCCAAGGAGCUCGCCGCCAUCAACCAGCAGUACCCCUUUGAACCGCUCAAGUACACCAAGGAGGGAGUGCGCAUCACAUUCCCGGAAGGCUUGGCUAUGCUCAAGGAGGCGGGGUUUGAGGUGGAUGCAUUUGGAGACAUUAACACGGAGCAGGAGAAGAAGCUGGGCGAGCUGGUCAAGCAAAAGUAUGGUGUGGAUUUCUACAUCAUGCAUCGCUACCCCCUGGCUGUUCGUCCCUUCUACACGAUGCCGUGCCCGGAUGACGGCCGCUACACCAAUUCGUUUGAUGUCUUCAUUCGCGGCGAGGAAAUUCUUUCUGGAGCACAGCGAAUCCACGACGCUGACUUCCUUGCUCGCCGCGCCACAGAGUGCGGCAUUGACAUCAAGACCAUCGCGCCUUACAUCGACUCCUUCCGGUUCGGCGCUGUGCCUCACGGAGGCAUUGGUGUGGGUCUGGAGCGAGUGGUAAUGCUCUUCUGUGGCCUCAACAACAUUCGCAAGUCAUCCAUGUUUCCCCGUGAUCCUCAGCGCCUUGCACCUUGA